CAUACACACACACACACAUAUAGAUACAUGGACAGAAAGCCUGGAGGAAGUAUACACUGAGGCUGGGAGUUUGGAGGGGGUGUGUGGGCCUGCUGUAGGACCGGAGACCAGAGCCUCAUCAUCAACGCCCUGCCAGUCUUACCAUGAUUAAGGAAGGUAGUGAUGAAGGUGGAGGUGCUGGUGGCAGCAGCAGCAGUGAGAAAGCCCAGCAGCCAGAGAAUGAGAUUCCAGGGGGAAAGGUCCUAGGCAAACUGGGCGCUACCACCAUUGGACCAGGCUGGACAAAGGUCAACUGCCCCUGUUGUGUGUCAGAGCGGGUGGAGCCGUUGCUUCUGGUGAAGCUCGGAGAAAAGGUUCGGCCAGAGACGAAGAGGUGGCUCAUCAGACUAAUUGGAGCUCCUCAGAAAGAUGGAGGUGCUGCAUUACUGGCCCAUCCAGGCGAGGACGCAAGCGGUGACAUCAUUGUGGUCUCCGCCCCACGAUGUACAUUACUACGAGCCACUGAAGAGUUGGGUCUGUGUAAGCCUUACCGCAACGGGGACAUGGAGGCCUUCUCCUACAAUGACAGGGACAACUUUAAAGAUUCAGACAACAUGGAGGUGUUCCUGACGCUGGCGGAGCGACAGUACAUAGUGAAGUAUGAGCUAGACGGUUUGCGAGCACAGAGAGACGUGAGAAUACCCGGCCUGUCUGACGACUACACGCUGCAACACCGAGACAACAUCUGGCAGAAGCUUGGGUCAGCUGGUGUGAUUAAGGACACGUUUCCCCUCCACAACCCAGACCAGCUGAAGGAUCUCAGUGAAGCCUGGUACUCUGGUAAUCAGCUGGCUCAGCCACUGGAUUCAGUCAAUGGAUAUUUUGGAAGCUCUGUGGCUUUCUACUUCAGCUUCCUUGAUUUCUACACCUGGUCUCUACUCCCACCUGCAGUACUAGGCCUGUCUAUCACAUACUUCUCAGGUGAGGUUCAGAAGGAGAUGGUGGAGUCAGUCUCAGGCCCACAGGGCACAAAUGUUGAAGAUGAUUCAGGACCAGCGGUCAGUGGUCACAUGAUCCAGGCUGUGUUCAGCAUGCUCUGGUCCACGGUGGUCAUGGAGCUGUGGAAACGUAGGAGCUCCUCUCUGUCGUACCGUUGGGGGACCCUGCACCUGGCCGAGCGCUUCGCAGAGCCCCGGCCUGGUUUUCACGGUGACCUUGGGGUCAACCCUGUGACAGGUCGUGUGGAGCCCCUCUUUCCUGAAUGGCAGAGAGACCUGCGUAUGGCCCUGGUGUCGGUCCCAGUGGUGGGGCUCUUUCUAGGGUUGGUGGUUCUGGGUAUGCUUUGUUUCUACUGGGGAGAGGCCCAGGUGCAACACCUACACAAAGACUGGGACUCCCUGCUGUCUCAGACUUUACUCUACAUGCCCUCAGUGCUUCACAUCAGCUAUACAAAUAUGCUAGCGACUGUUUACAAGAAGGUGGCCCAGUCUCUGACUGAAUAUGAGAACCACAGAGAGGAGUCGGCCUUCCAGAAGCAUCUUACAGCCAAAGUCUUGGUGUUCACCUUCUUUAACUAUUUUGCCGUGCUGUUCCACAUUGCCUUCUUCAAGCAGGACGUGCCUUUGCUCCGUAAGCGUCUAGGGUCUUUGCUGAUAGUGACCCAGCUGGUGAACCAGGUGACAGAGGUGGUCAUACCCUUCCUGGUGGACCGGUUCAUCAGCGCCCCCCAUAGGACAGAGAGUGAAGAUGACCCACAGGAGGACAAAUUUAGAAACCAAAGCACCCUUCCUGCUUUCCCUGGCCUGUUCGCAGAGUACAUUGAGCUCCUGGUGCAGUUUGGGUAUUUGAGUCUUUUCUCCUGUGUUUACCCUCUGACUGCGGUGCUGCUGCUCAUCAACAACCUAACAGAGAUCCGAGCGGACGCCUAUAAGAUCUGCAAACUCUUCCGCAAACCCUUCUCGCCGCCUGUGGCCAACAUGGGCGUGUGGCAGAUUGCUUUCGAAGUCCUGAGUUUUGUCUCUGUCGUGUCCAACUGCUGGCUGCUGCUGCUGUCACCACGGUUACAGCAGCUGUGUCAGGAGGGUGGGAUGAACAGCACAGACAUUCUGUUGUUGGCUGUUUUGGUGGAGCAUGUGCUCAUCUUGGUGAAGGUCAUUCUGGCAGUCUUGAUCCCCGACGAGCCCGACUGGAUCCGCAAAAAGAGAGAGCACAUUGAGUACACGUCCAUGCAGGCUCUCAAGCAGCAGGUUAACCCAGCUGCAUUCUGACGAGUCCUGGUUGCGUUUCAAAGUGUUGAGCUGGUGCUUUGUGUCAUCUUGUGCGGGGCUGCUACCGCCAGAGGAUACAGUGCCACCCCCUCAGUGUUGUGCGGACCUCUCCAGCAGCGGCCCACAGUGAUUACUGCUGUAUCCCUAACACUCCCUGUGUAUACUGUUAAAGUGUUUCUGCUGUGCUCUCUUAAUUAACAGGGUGCUUCUGCAAUGUGCACACUUUAAAAUUAAAAUGCACCUUCAUAUUACUCGACACAUAGACUGCAAGUGCAAUUGAAACAGUAGUUAAAAUGUUUUUUUUCCAAUAUUAGACAGCAGAUGGAAUGUAUUGGUUAUUUGAAAAGAUUACGAUACGUUACGAUAAAGGAGGUUUGUUCAGAUUUAGUAAAAGAAAGCUGUCAUAGCUCUUGUAAGAUCAGCAUAGCUGCAGUAUGUACGGUCAAUCUUCAGUGAAGGACUGACAGGAAAGAGUAUUUAAUGUUACUGGCAGGGUCAAAGACAGAUUAUUGGGCAAAAAGUUCCAGUUAUUUUUUCCUCUGAAGAUGACUCUUUCAGCAGUGUUUUACUCAGUGCUACCACCUAGUGAUAAGCUACAGCUAGUGUUCAGGAUUCAUAAUCAGAGGACAGUAUCAUCAUUGGAGUUAUCAUAACACAAAAGGCAGCAACUUUAAAGCUGCUUUAAUCAAAUAUUAUAUACACCUGAAGAUGCAGUUCCCUUCAGCUCUACUGAAUAUUUUAGUGUUGCUGUGGCAAAAAAUUUAUACAUUUUUGCAGGUUUAAUUUGAGAAAAUCUUCUGCCAGCUAUUUAUGUUAUAACAACUCCCAAGAUCUCAAAGCAAUUGUUCAUAAUUUUGGGAAAUGUGUAUAUUUUCUUGUCUAGAGUUAGACGGUAAUUGAUACCUGGAUAAGGCUUUAAACAGGGGAAACAGCUAGCUUUGCUUUACAAAUAGCACCUCUAAAGCUCAGUAAUUAGCAUGUUAUAUUUUAUUUGCUUAUUCCGUACAAAAACCAAAGUGUGAAAAUGACACGUUGUGGUUAAAUGCUGAGCUAUUUCUUGGCCAGAUGAGAUGUAUGUUAAUUAGUGAGCUUAACGGGUUUUUGUGACCUUUGGGUAGAGCUAGGCUAACUGUUUCCCCCCUUUUUAAGUGAAAUUGCCUACAUGUCAAAAGUCAAGUUCUUGUCCUAAUUUGACUCUAAACAACAAAUCCAUAAAUUCAUGAGAAAUAAGUUUGUCUCUCAUUGAACAGAAAAAAAACAUUGCACUUCUGUCAUUAAUUCUACCUCCACAAAUGAUACUGUCCUUUCCUUAAUUUUUCCUAAAGUAAUCACACUAUGGCUUAAGGAACACAUUAAAAAUCAAAUAUAAUAAUAUAUAAAAUAAAGUUAAUACAGCCAAGAUUUAAGAUUUGCAUUGAAAGUGAUGGGGAGCAACCAAAGGACCGUUACCUGCUUUGUUAUUAGAAAUAUAUUAUUUUUUUAUGUGUUAUGGAUUAUAGUUGUUACUCACUUGUGUGCCUCUAAGAAUGACUGCUUGAGUUCACUGUGGUGCAAAAACUAAUACAUGUCAUAGUCCAAUACUUCACAUUCAUGCUAUGAGUGUUAAUUCAUUGUUCACUCUUAACUGCUGGCACAUUUGAAUUCACAUAAUGAAUAAGCUGAUGAAGCCAUCCUUUUCUUUCAUACUUGCUGAACAGUGGUGUAUUGUUUAUUAUGUAAGUUAUUGUUUGCAGGAGUUUGUAUUCUUUCCAGCCACCAGGAGGCGCUAUACACGUUUAAAUCUUUAUUUUUAAAUUCAACAUGCAGUUUUUCACAAGCCCCGGUGGCUGCUGAAAGACUGAUUCAGCAAAGAUGAAGAAGGAUGGUGAAAAACGUUCUCAGCUGUUGUUUAUUUUCACUCUGACACUAAUCAUAAACCUGUGUGUGUUCGUGUGUGUACACUGUGAUGAGGUGUUGUGAUGAGGACAAUGAAGACAGACCUGGAGAUAAUCUGGUCCUAUAGGAUCAGGAUUUCAGGUCAAAAACAGAGGUGCCUAUGUUUGCGAGUUGACCUAAAAUAAAAUAUACAGAAGGCAACAACA